AUGUACUCGGUACAAGUAGUGGCGGAGCCACAAAUAGGGCAUAAUGAACAGUUAUCAGUCAUGUUUGUUGGUGGACCGAAUCAACGAAAAGAUUAUCAUAUCGAAGAAGGAGAAGAAUUGUUUUAUCAGACAAAAGGUGAUAUGUGUUUAAAAGUAGUGGAACAAGGAAAAUCUCGAGACAUUAUCAUCAAGGAAGGACAAAUAUUUUUGUUACCUGCCCGGAUUCCUCACUCACCAAAUCGAUUUGAAAACACAGUUGGUUUAGUUAUUGAACGAAGACGAACAGAAGAGGAACUUGAUGGUUUGAGAUAUUACGUCGAUGAUCAAAACACAGAUCGUUUAUUUGAACGGUGGUUUCAUGUAACAAACUUAGGUACACAAUUACCGCCUCUUAUCAAAGAAUAUUUUACCUCGGAAGAAUAUCACACUAGAAAGCCACGUGAAGAUAGUUUUCCAAAAGUGACCCCAUUUCCAAUAGAUGAUAAAAUAUCGGUAGGGGAUCCAUUUUAUUUAUCUGAUUGGCUUACAAAACACAGUGAAGAUUUGAAAAAUGGUCCUGUCAGUUUAUUUCCUGACAAGUUUCAAAUGCAGGUAAUUGUGCGAUCGAAUGGUGAUCAUACAAUUCAAAGUCAAAUAGAACUAUGGUUGUGGCAAAUUCGUGGAAAAUCAACAAUUCGAAAUAACACUGAGAACGAAAGUUAUAAUUUGAAUGAAACUGAUGCGCUAUAUUUAAAUGCAAAUUCAAAACAUUUACAUAAACAAAUAUUAAAGAAUACACAUUUCAGAUUGCAAAAGUAUUAUACUAUUAGGAAUGAUGCACCACUUCUAUUUCAAAAAAUGAUAAAUCGUAUUAACUAG